AUGAACACCGUCGAGCUCAUUGAGGUUCCCGGUAAGGAUGGAGUGAUAACCCUGAAGCCGAAGAAUCCCGACCUGCUCAAAGAACGCGGCAUGACUGUGCCCUACGAUCCUCGCUUUCCCACCACCAACCAGACCAAGAACUGCUACCAGAACUAUCUGGACUUUUUCCGAUGCCAGAAGGUGAAAGGCGAAGACUACCAGCCUUGCACUUGGUACAAAUAUGCUUACACUGAAUUGUGCCCUCCUGGUUGGAUUGAGAAAUGGAAUGAACAGCGAGCGAAGGGUAUCUUCCCGGGGCGCAUCUAA